AAAGCUCUCCAAAUUAAGAGUGAAAACACGUCGUUCUCCCAAGAAAUGAUGGGUUGCUAUCACCUUUAUGACUUUGGUAGCAUGAUUGCUCCUCUAUAAUGGAUUUUCAAUGCUGAAAACACAUUCACAAAAAAAUCUUGUGUACAAGUAUAAAUUGAGAACUGGCAUAUGGGAAGCAACACAAUCUAGAGUUUGUUGUUGUCUAGUUGAGCAGUGCAAUACAAGGAUGGCAGGCACUCUCUUUCGUUUAUUCGUGAUUCUUCUAGGGCUUUCUCAUCUUAUGUGCUUGAAAGCAGUCCCAGUUACAAGAACUGAAAACCUUAUGCAAGGUCCCCAAGUUCACCUUACUCUGGAGAACAACUACAAGGUUAUCACGGAGAGAAACUUGCACUGGGAGGAACAACCCAUUACUGAGAGGAUGGAAUUGGAACUCCACGACUAUUCCCCAUCAGGGCCUAAUGGUCGUCACACUCCAAGAGCACCAUAGUGUGUGAAAUAAUGGUGUGCUGGACGAUAGUUUUCUCUAGGUAGCUAGUAGGCAUCCUUUAUGUAAUACAUCUUAUAUAAGUAAGCAUAAUCAGUGAAUUCUAGAGGCAAUUAUGUAUGAUGAGAGAAUGGGCUAAGUAGAGUUGUAUCCCCAGCAGUGCUCAGCAUGAUUGUAUGAGAACUCAAGACACUCAUGUUUGUUAAGAAUAAAUAAUACAUGCACUGUAGUAUAAAAGUCUUUUACAUUGUUAUUCAAUCCCAGAAUCACAAUAUAUGAUAAGUUUGAUGACUUUUAUAACAAUUA